AUGAGUCUUCCUCUGAGUGGCGGCGCGCUCGGCGCACCUCCGGUGCCGAUGGCUGGUAGCGCCGAGGACCAGGGCGUCAAGGCUAUGAAAGCGGCCAUGGAGUCGUGCGUCGGCAAGUCCGUCAUGUCCGGCGUCAUGGGCUUUGGCAUGGGCGGUCUCUUUGGCAUGUUCAUGGCCUCCAUGUCCUACGACACCGUCGGCACCUCCCUCUCCGGGAACCAGGCACACCAGGCCAUCGCCAACAUGCCGCUCCGGCAGCAGCUCAAGGUCGGCUUCAAGGACAUGGGCUCGCGGUCGUACUCGAUGGCGCGCAACUUUGGCAAGGUCGGCGCGCUCUUCUCCGGCAUCGAGUGCGGCAUCGAGGGCAUGCGCGCCAAGAACGACCUCGCCAACGGCGUCGCCGCGGGCUGCCUGACGGGCGCCAUCCUGGCCAAGAACGCGGGGCCCACGGCCAUGGCCGGCGGCUGCGCGGCGUUUGCGGCGUUUUCGGCGGCGAUUGACGCCUACAUGCGACAGCCGAGCGACGAAUAG